CGGCGCGCGUGCGCGCCUCCCGAAGCGCGGGCCUCCUGGGAUUUGUAGUUCGCGGCGCCAGGCUGGGACCCGUCGGACGCAGGAACGCCUAGGUACCUUGCUGACAGGCUCUCCUGGGGGCUGUGGGGCCUCCCUCUGCACCUUGUCGUACUUGAGGAGAAAAAGGGAAGAGCUCAUGCGUUUCCUCUUCUCCUUACUAGACAGCCUCCUGUAGAACAGGGAAGAGCGCCGCGUCCAGGUGAUCGCAGGGCCGAGCCCCAGGUGUCCUGGUUCCUCACCGGGUGCAGGUUCUUAGCCUGGCUGAGAGGCCCGGCCCGAGGCGGACUUAAAGAGUCGUGUCCCUUCGUGGGCUCACAGUGCCCCCUUGGUGGGUAGGACUCUCGUUGGGACGGGGAGUGUUGAGGGAGAGACCGAAUCGGCAGCUCAGGGUUAGUGGGGACCCUGGUGGGUCCCCCAGCCUGCCCCAAGAUCUCCUGUGAGGUGCAGGGGAUGUGGCUUGAGCUGGAGCCUUGCCACUCUCAGGCAAUACUAGCCUCUUGGAGCACAAGACCCCUUCCUCAAGGACAUGAAGCUGUUGGAGAACUCCAGCUUCGAGGCCAUCAACUCGCAGCUGACGGUGGAGACCGGAGAUGCCCACAUCAUCGGCAGGAUUGAGAGCUACUCAUGCAAGAUGGCUGGAGAUGACAAGCACAUGUUCAAGCAGUUUUGUCAGGAGGGCCAGCCACACGUGCUGGAGGCACUGUCCCCACCCCAGACCUCAGGCCUCAGCCCCAGCAGACUGAGUAAGAGUCAAGGCGGUGAGGAUGAGGGCCCCCUCAGCGACAAGUGCAGCCGCAAGACCCUCUUCUACCUGAUCGCCACACUCAAUGAGUCCUUCCGGCCAGACUAUGACUUCAGCACAGCCCGAAGCCACGAGUUCAGCCGGGAGCCCAGCCUCAGCUGGGUGGUGAACGCAGUCAAUUGCAGUCUGUUCUCGGCUGUACGAGAGGACUUCAAGGCCCUGAAGCCACAACUGUGGAACGCAGUCGAUGAGGAGAUCUGCCUGGCCGAGUGCGACAUCUACAGCUACAAUCCAGACUUGGAUUCAGAUCCUUUUGGGGAGGACGGCAGUCUCUGGUCCUUCAACUACUUUUUCUACAACAAGCGGCUGAAACGGAUUGUUUUCUUCAGCUGCCGCUCUAUCAGUGGGUCCACCUACACUUCCUCAGAGGCAGGCAACGAGCUGGACAUGGAGCUAGGGGAGGAGGAGGAGGAGAGCGGCGGUGGAGGCAGCGAGGGCGGACCUGAGGAGACCAGCGCUGUGGAAGAGGACAGGGUCCCAGUGGUCUGUAUGUGAAGAGGAGGAACAGAGGCCCCGGCUUCACCCAGCUUCAAACCGUGCCUGGACCUGCCCAUCUGAGGGGCCCCAGGGCCUCCAGAACCGCUGGCCAGAUCCUGCCGCUGCCACAGCACCAGCGCCACCCAAGGCCACGCCUGCCUAGCCCUUUGGCUCUAGCCUGUGGAUGUCCUCUCACUCCCAUGGGCUCCUGCCGCCCGCGCUGUGGCUGGACUGGACAGCACAGGGCCUGGUGGGAAGAGCCACUGCCCUGCCCAGACGGACUUACAUAGGCAGGGACAGCUGGACCACAGAGUUUAUUUUUGUAUUUUGUGCUGGGUCAGGCUUGGGCCUGCACAAUCCAGCCCAAAGGGCUGGAGACCCAGCAGGCGGCCCCCAGGGGUCAUCUGCCCACUUGUACCCCCCACCUUGCCCAUUGGGCAGCGUGCACUGAGUGUCACUUUGCUGCAGCUGGUUUGUUUCCAAUAAAAGUUUCUGUGACUUAA